UUAGACGGAUUGCGCGUCAUCUCGCCUUCCCAAAUUUUCCCCUUCUGCUGCAGCUCGUAUCCAAAACAUCUAUCUAUAGUACGGAGUACGAGAGAGAGAAAGAUGUUUAACUCGGUGAAUCUGGGCAACUUCUGCUCCCAGACGCGCAAAGACCGGACAUCCGAGUUUGGGGACAGGACGGGCUGCGCGUCCAACAUCUACCUCCCCAGCUGCACCUACUACGUCCCAGAGUUUUCUGCCGUGUCCUCGUUUCUUCCACAGGCCCCUUCCCGGCAAAUCAGCUACCCUUAUUCCACAAAUCUCUCUCAAGUACAGCCGGUACGGGAAGUUUCAUACGGCUUGGACCCUGCUAGUAAAUGGCACCACAGAAGCAAUUAUGCAUCGUGCUACUCGGGAGAGGAUCUGGUGCAUAGGGACUGUCUUCCACCAUCCACCAUGACAGAAAUGCUUAUGAAGAACGAGAAUGUGUACAGCCACCACCACCACCAUCACACCCAUCCGGGCUCCAAUCACCCCUCCACAGGUUUUUACUCCGGCGUGGGGAAAAACAGCGUCCUCCCGCAAGGUUUCGACCGCUUUUUUGAGACCGCAUACUGCAGCAGCACGGACAAUCAGUCAGACAAUUGUUUACAAAAGGGCGAGGGGGGGAAGCUGGAAAGCGACUCCCAGCAGCAGCAGCAGCAGCAACAGCAGCCCAUAGCCUCUGUACUCGGAGCCCCGGAGCAGGAAAAAGACCCAGAAGAUGAGGAGGAACAUACAAAUUCAGGCUCAUGCACUUCUUCCUCCGCAACAACCAAGGACGGCACCGCCAACAAGAGCAGCCACUCGAGCACUCCUCGCACAAGGAAGAAGAGGUGUCCAUAUUCCAAGUUUCAGAUUCGAGAGCUGGAGCGGGAAUUCUUCUUUAAUGUUUACAUCAACAAAGAGAAAAGGCUUCAGCUUUCCCGAAUGUUAAACCUCACCGAUCGCCAGGUUAAAAUUUGGUUUCAGAAUAGAAGAAUGAAAGAGAAGAAGCUGAGCAGAGAUCGCCUCCAGUACUUCUCUGGAAACCCCCUAUUGUGAGCAGGAGCAGAAAGUGUCACAAUCUUGGUCAGUGACAUUAAGGCCUACUCUAAUCUCAUUGAGUUGUAAUCGUGGGCAUAACCAUUUUCUAAAGGAGCCCAUAUCACCAACAGUGCAAUGUUAAAGUGGACAGUAGGAGUAAUAGGCCUGCAUGGGAUGAAGUCGCCAUUUUCGUAUUGCCCCACGGGCGACGGUGAAUUUCUAGCUGGUCCCCAGAAAGGCCUUCAUGGUUAGAAUAAUCAUUUAUACCUAUGCUGUUCUUGAAUAUGUCUCUAUUUAUCACGAUUCUCCAUUGUGUUUAUUAUAUUGUUCAUAUAGACAUACUUGUUGUUAAAAUAUCAAAUGUAACAACCAGUUUGAAUCCUUAUUGCGCAGACAACUUUUAGCUCUUCCCCGUUCCUCUGGUCUAUGUAUAUAGCAUAUUAUCUAAUUAUUUCUCGACCAGAGAUAUGAACAAGUUAUAGCAAAUCUCCUGGCUACAUUUUUCGCAAUUAAGAACUCUGACGUCCAAUCUGUGAAAGUAUAUCCCCCUGUACAGAGCAGCCUAUGCAAUUUGCAUUUGUGACUGUAAAUAGGCGUAUAUGUUGAAUUUCCUUUCCCCUAUCCCUGCUGCUAUUUUUCACUACACUGCCCAUACAACUUUAACAGCUUUAACGCCAACACUCGUUAAAUUAUUUGCUUAAAACAUUGGUGCUUUGGAUUCCAGAGAGGAGGAACAGAUUGUUGGCCUGUGUAUCAUUAAUAUAAUACAUAUGAAAUAAACAGAAACGUAUAGGCAAAACUCAACGACUUUGUGCUUUUUGUGCUAUCAUUGUCACAUUUACCAUUACUGAUAUGCAUUUACUUUUGACAGUUUGCUGUUUUUGCUCGGUCGUGAGUCAGAGCUUUUUUGAAAUAGCAAAUAUCUCAUGAAUGUGUGAAUAGCCUACAACUGUUGGCCUACAUACAUAACAUUAGCACACUUUCAACUUGUGCCAAUGGCCACUUCAUGAUGAUACACAUAUUUGCUGUGGUAGAUUUGGUGGCGGUUGUGAAACUGAGGAAUAGUGUCGGCGGGCCUACACUUGUCAGAUUUUCGGCUAUUUCAAGGUUACACCACUCUGAAGGAUCAUGUUUAAAUGUUAGCAAGCGUGUUAAACGAAGAUAGAGCUCAGAUCUUAGAAAUGUGGAGAAAGAGAGUGGAAUGAUAACCUCUUUUAGUGCCCACUAAAUGGAAUCGCCACUCUUGUAGUCUAGACACUGCCAUAAAGACAGAGGCACUAAAUGGCUAUUUUUUUUCUCUUAAUUGCACCGUCUGUUUGGGGGGAAUGGCGUUCACUUCCGCAGUAAAUAGUAAACAAGCAAGCCUUGAUGCCCGAAGUGGAAACAAACUUGCCGAGAGCUUUCGACAUGAACUCGAUCUGUGUAGUCUGUAACAAAACCCCAUCCCCCUCUGCACACAACCGUCAUGUCCACCAUUCUUGUAAUCUGGAUAUUAGAAACCGCAGCAAAUCAUUUCUACUGUAGAUAUGUUUCCCCUGAUUAAGUUGAUUUAUUUAGCCUGUUUAUUUAUUCCUAAGAUUGGGCCUGUCAAAGAUCUCGAGGGAUUCUAAUGUGUUGCUGUUCAGAUUCAGCUGCAUUUGAAAUAAUAAUAGUCUAUUUGUCAGAGCUGACCGCAGACCUCAGCCUAUUUCAACACAUGCUAUGACAAAAUCAUUGUUGACUAAUUGGGCCACGUGUUAGGAGUUAUAAGAAGAGAUAGAUAGGGGAAAGGAAAUCACAAUUGGCAUGUUCAUUUUUUUUC